GAAGAGCCGAAGGAAUUAGCAGCAGCAACAGCAGAGGGUGCCCAGAGCGAGAGAAGCGGCCGUGGCUGCGGGGACUCCAUGCAGCCCGAGGCCAGCAGAGGGAGACCGCCCUGCCUGGCAUCCCCUCUCUUGUAGAGUGACCCGCUCUGGGAGGAGGGAGGAAAAAGCGAUCGGGAUUUUGGGGGCUUCCUGAAACUUCCCCUACACACUCCUCCUCCCCGGGCUGGCGCGGGGCAGCACCAGGGCCCGCUCCCGCCGAGCGAGCCCAGGAGAAGCGGCGUGAGAAGUUUGCACUGCAGCCUCCCGUGGGAGCUUCUUGGGAAAGGCGCCGCUUUGGGGAGGGGGGUUCCUUCCUCCUCCUCCUCCUUUCGGAGCGAGAAGCAGCCGCCAGCGUGGAGCUGGGGGGGAUGCUGCUGACGAUGAAGAUGCGGGAGAGAUGGAGAUGAAGCAGAGCAUGGGGAUCCCGGGGCUCCUGUUGCUGCUGCCGGGACUAUGGGCUCUGGCGCUCCGGGACGCCGCUGCUGAAGCAGGUAUGAAAUUGACAGGAUCUCCAAUCAAAUUAAAGGUGUCCCAGGGUCAGUCGGUGAAACUAAAUUGCAGCCUCGAGGCAAAGGAGGACCCAGAAAUGUUGUGGAUCAAGGAUGGAGCGGUGGUGCAGAGUGUAGACCAGGUGUACAUUCCAGUAGAUGAAGAACACUGGAUCAGUUUCCUCAGUUUGAAAUCCGUUGAGCGGACGGAUUCUGGGAAGUACUGGUGCCAGAUUGAGAACAAGGGGAAGAAGGAAGAAUCACAACAAGUGUGGCUCAUAGUGGACGGUGUACCCCACUUUACUGUGGAGCCGGAAGAUUUGUCUGUGUCUCCUAACUCCCCAUUCCAUAUGGCCUGUGCUGCCGUUGGCCCUCCUGAGCCAGUGACAAUUGUCUGGUGGAUGGGAGACUCCAGAGUGGGGCUUCCGGACAUCUCCCCUUCCAUCCUAAAUGUGUCAGGUAUUAACCAGAGCACGGUUUUCUCCUGUGAAGCCCACAACGUAAAGGGAUUGUCUUCUUCUCGGGCAGCCACUGUUCGGAUUAAAGCCAUGCCUCUUCCCCCUUUCAACGUGACCAUAACCCGAGUCACCAGCAGCAAUGCCAGCAUGACGUGGGUCCCAGGAUUUGAUGGCCGCUCCCCCCUUCAUUCUUGCACAGUUCAGGUUUCUGAGUCACCCGAAGAUCACGAAGGCUCUACAGAAGUUGUCCCUGUCCCUCCUUUUACCUGUGGUUUACCAGGAUUAAAGCACUCCACUAAUUAUAGUGUGCGGCUUCAGUGCACUAAUGAGAUGGGCACCUCCCCUUUCACAGACUGGGUUUAUUUUCAGACCCUAGAGAUAGCUCCAGGCAGCACUCCACAAAACAUCCAUGUGAUCCAGAGAGACACUAGCCUGGUUCUGGAGUGGGAAGGAGUGGCUCUGGACAUGCUGAAAGAAAAUCUACUGGGAUACAGGCUGGAGUGGAGUCAGGAUAAUGUCACGCAGGGGGAAAUGACAGUGCAAGAGACAAAAGCCAAUCUUACGACAUGGAAUCCCCAGAAAGACGUUAUAAUCCGAGUGUGCGUACUGAACGCCGCUGGCUGUGGACCCUGGAGUGACGCCUUAGUGGUUGCUGCCCAGGAGGUUGUAGAUGGCCAGAGACAAUUGCCAUAUGGGACAUCCUGGGUCCCUGUGGCUUUGGGCAUUCUCACUGCCCUGGUUACAGCUGUUGCCCUGGCACUCAUUCUCCUUCGAAAAAGAAGAAAAGAAACUCGGUUUGGACAUGUCUUUGGCACGGUGAUCGGCAGGGGAGAGCCAGUGGUCCAUUUCAGAGCAGCCAGGUCUUUCAACAGGGAAGGCCCAGAGCAGAUUGAGGCAACAUUGGACAGUUUAGGGAUCAGUGAUGAGCUGAAGACCAAACUCAAGGAUGUUCUAAUCCAGGAACAGCAGUUCACUCUGGGAAGGAUACUAGGCAAGGGCGAGUUUGGGUCGGUUAGAGAGGCGCUACUGAAGCUGGAGGAUGGCUCUUUCCAGAAGGUUGCAGUAAAGAUGUUGAAAGCGGAUAUCUUCACCUCAAAUGACAUUGAAGAAUUCCUGCGAGAGGCUGCCUGCAUGAAGGAGUUUGACCACCCACACGUUACUAAACUGAUUGGAGUCAGCCUGCGGAGUCGUCCUAAAGGUCGGCUCCCAAUUCCCAUGGUCAUCCUGCCCUUUAUGAAGCACGGAGACCUCCAUGCUUUUCUGCUGAUGUCCCGGAUUGGAGAAAACCCCUUUAAUUUGUCUCUUCAGACACUACUCAAGUUCAUGAUUGAUAUUGCCAGUGGGAUGGAAUACCUGAGCUCGAAAAACUUCAUACACAGGGACCUUGCUACUCGGAACUGCAUGUUGGAUGAGAAUAUGAACGUGUGCGUUGCAGACUUUGGGCUUUCUAAGAAAAUCUACAGUGGAGACUAUUACCGUCAGGGCUGCGCCUCCAAGCUGCCAGUGAAGUGGCUUGCUCUAGAAAGUCUUGCAGACAAUCUUUACACAACACACAGUGAUGUGUGGGCAUUUGGUGUGACGAUGUGGGAGAUUGUGACACGAGGACAAACCCCUUACGCUGGCAUCGAAAAUGCAGAAAUCUACAACUACCUCAUCAGUGGCAACAGGUUGAAGCAGCCCCCAGAGUGCCUGGAAGACAUUUAUGAUCUCAUGUGCAGAUGCUGGCAUUCUGAGCCCAAGCUACGCCCUAGCUUCGGAAUGCUGAAAUUACAGCUGAAAAUGAUUCAGGGGAGAAUGUCCAUGAUCUCGUCCAGUCAGGAUCCUUUAUAUGUCAACAUUGGGGAGGCCAAAGAGACUUCUGGGAGCGAUCCUGCCCUGUACACUUCAUUUAGAAAUUUGGACAGCGGAGACAACAUUGCUGGAGCAGCUGCUGCUGUCACUAGUGACUAUCGCUACAUCAUGAGCCCCUUGUGCCUUGGAAAUGACGUUGGAAGUGAAAGGCAUCCCAAUGCAGCUGAAGGGGAGGCCAGGAGCCUUCUGCAGGAGCUGGAGUCAGAAAGAGAGAGAAGUUGUUAGCUUGUAAGGAAAAGACGCUCCAGUUCUCUACAACGGGGUGUGUGCAGCUGGAUUGCCAUGUCGCACUGCUUUCUAAAGCCAGUUGGAGGAUGUUUUUAAACUGCAUGGGUAGCUAUAAUUAAGGCUACUUCUGUAGCUAGCACCAUCUGUGUGGACUGCUGUUGCAGACAGCUCAGAAAGAUCACAAAUCAUAAUAACCCUCUGGACUUUUGGGGGGGUAGGAUUAAAGGUCUAUCACAUCCAAUGGGAGUGGGUUCAAAGCUACAGCAACCAAUGAGUGUUUGUUUGCUCGGCUAAUUCUCAUUGGCUGCCACCACAGAGUCGAAUGCACAUACUAGUCCAUCAGUGCUUGCUAUUUUGUGGAUGCUUUUUCAAUUCUGGCUGUGUGAGCUUUGGACCAGUAGAUCUGGAAACACUGGCGAAUAUUUACGCUGUGGUUCAGGACAUAGGGGAAGAAAAGCCCCCUUGUGUUCACUCAGCAGUGCUGCCUAGACCUGUUGCCUACCUCAGUGGUUCUCAAUCUGUGAUCUACGGAGCUGCUUACAUACAGUGAUAAAAUAGCCAGUGUUUUUCAAGCAAUGACACUUGUUGCUAGAAGUAGCCCCACCCAAGGCUCUCUUAGAAUGUCCAGAUGCGUUUGUUGAACAACUAAACUGAAACCAAUGAAAAUCCAACACCUUUCUCCACCUUGUGCACCUUGUAUCUUUCGUUGUCUUCUGUUUGGUAUUAAUGCAGCCCUGAUCAAAUGUACAGCUGUUGUAAAAUGAGUUGGCAGGGGCAACCAUGCAAAAGGAUAGAACCAUACUUCACAGGGAAGUAAAUCGAGCUCUACAGUGGGGGCUGGCAGCAGUGCGGGGAAUCCCUCCUCAAUAACAUAAAGUGGAGAAGAAAGAAACAGCACAGAUACAAAAUGAAGGCCGGUAACCAUGCAUUGACUUCAUCAGAAGUAGGAUCCAGCAUUUGCUUUAUUGCUUUAUUUUAAUCUUCCCCCUUAACUGUCCCUCUCUUAUGUUUUUCAUGUAACCAAGCAAUGUAGGUGCCACUGAAAAGAUGUGGAAUCGUUGGGAGCAAAGAGAUCAACAAGCAGGGGUGCUGGAACAAUUUGUAUAGUGGGGGUUUUGAGAGCAAUUGAACCAAACUGUAAACCCUGUAUAUGAUGGAAAUCACUUCAAGCCGGGGGGUGUUGCUGCACCCCUAGCACCCAUGUCACUAAGGGGAUAUCUGUCUAAAAGAAGCAGUCCUCACUAUGAAAAAAUGUGAGAACCAGGGGCCUUGCUGAUUAAGAGGUCUUCAGGCAUCUGCAAAAGAUCAACCACACUGGAACAUAUUCCGUUUAUCACUGCAGCCUUCCAGUGAGGGAGAGAUUCAUAUUACAGCUCUCUCCUCCCCCCCGAAAUCAGCAUGUCAGAUACGUUAUAACUGCAAACAGUCAUGUGUCUUGUUUUUUAAAUAAUGUAAUAUUUUAAUGUAAAUGAGCAAGUGUUUUGUAUAGCGGUCCCCAGCACUGCCAGAGACGUGCAGUACACCUUACCCCGGCUGUCUGAAUGUUUACAAGACCAGGAUCUAGCUCAUCUGACUUCCUGUGCUCUGAAGAACUUUGCAGUAUCGUGCAACUUGGGCUUCCACAUUGCACUCCCCUCACAGUGAAUGCUGUAAAAUUCAAUGUUUAUACUUUGAAAUGAAGUGCUAAAGAUGGGACCAAGCUGCAAAAUUCAAAUCCAGAUCUGCAAUACGAAUACCCAAACUUUGCCGACUAUGAUUUCCAUUUUACCCAUUGUAAGAGAGGUGCUGAUAGCAAAAUUCAGAGCCACAUUCGAGUCCUAAUUUAGAACAAAGUCUGGUGUAGUUGGCGCUGGGGUUUUGAAACUCAAAACAACAAUGUCCUAAAGCUACUUCCCAGAAGUUCCACACAAUAGACAGCACCAUCUUAUAGACCAGGAAAUGUAGGAUUUUUCUUCUCUGUUUAACUGGUAUACAGAAAACACUGGUUAUAAGUGAGCAAAUAACACAUAACAAAGGGUAUUGUUUUACCACAGUACCUGUGCAGAUAUGUACAUGUUUAUUGUGAGAGCUGAAGGCCACGUUCCCUGCAGCCAGCUGGGAAAUGGAGAUGUACCUAUAGAAUCUAACUUCUGGAAGCAUCUCAUUAGUUUUUAUUCUUUUUUUAAUAAUAAAACGUGUACUGUGUCC